AUGCCCGUUGUAACACGAUCGAUGAGUUUGGCGGAACGUGCAUUUUCCUGGCCAACAAUGCCUAGUUUUGGUUUCGCUGCUAACUCGGGCAGUAUGAAAGAUCGUUUGCUCGAGAUCAAUACUGAGGUGCUACAACUCGCCCAUCGCCUUCUGGGCUGCCUCGCAUUGGUACGAGAAAAAAUUGCACAAGAUCGAAAAAUUGAAUCGUACUUUUUUCAACAUACCGCUGCUCAAGAAACGGUUCGUCGUACCCUAUUGCGGAAUCUACAAGCCCAACGUAUUUACAUUGACUGCCUCGAGAGUCAGAAUGAUCGUCUUGCUGGGUUGGCAAUCAAACUAGAUCCGAAUUUUGCUAAAACACAAGAUUUUCAACUUAUGACCGGUCCGGGGUUAGUCUUCAAACCCAAGCCGAAGAAAAAAGACGACUCUAAUAAGGAUGGAGAUGAUGGAUUAAAUCAGGACAAUCACGGAAGCAGACAUCCAGGUGGUGGUGGAUUCAGUAGCGAUUCGGGAUUAGGUGGUCCAGCUUUACAAACUUUCGAAUCCGCCCCAAGUGGUAUAGCUCCUUCACAAAGUAGAAGAAGCAGUAACUAUUCAGGAUCCCAACAUCCGUCGAAAGAACAAAAUGAUUUCGAGAACGAUUUGCCGCUUGAUGAAUUAACUACUCCCCAUCAGCCUGAAAUGAACCAAGAUGAUCUCCCAUUAAGAGAAAACAGCGAUCCUGAUGAACCCGAUGAGGACCGACAAAGUGACUUAGAUGUGCCACAGACUGAUGUGAAUUAUUCUGCCAGUGGUGGAGGACCUCCAGCAAUAUGGAUACAACAAGGAACAAUCACUUCUUCGGGACCAGGGGAAGUUGGUAGACGGAGUGAUGGAAGACCGGUGGUUGACGUUGAGAUGACACGUCGUCUGGAACCGGCAAGGGGAAACGUUCGAGCUGUAGAAGAAUUACUUAUUGGUGUCGAUUCAGUAGCAUCCGGUACAGGGCGACCGGGUACGGAAGUCGGUGAGCAUAUUCCAACUCCAUCAUUUUUAAAUACCGAGCACUAUGUGACAUCCAUCUUUGAUGAUGUAAUGGGAUCUAGUCCAGCCACUAAAAUGUCCGGAACACCCAGAGGAACUCUAAUACCAGCCAGACCGCAAGGUCUGCGUACACCUAGUACAAAAUUCAGUCAAGCUGAAGCAAUCAGUCCCACCUUGUCGGUCGAUCAACGUGCGGUCACCAUCAACAGUCCCAACUCGGGUGUGACGCCCCGGAAUUCGGCCACUCCAUCGUCCAUUAUGGUAUCCGCUACGAAAGAGACGGCCCAAAAACUGAAUCAAGAUGGACAUAACGCCUAUUAUGAGAGUCGUAAACGGUUCAAAGAUGCCGAACAGGUUAGUUUGGCUCGUUCGAUAGAAGAACACAGCCCAGAGGUACCGGAUGCUGAUCUCACAGACAACACAUUAAGUGGAAUGACACCACGUAUGAGAAGAACCAACAUUCGGGCCCAUCAGGAACAGCCCAUUGUUUAUCAAAAUUCUGCUGAUCAGCAUGCAGGAAUGCCCAAAACAUUUGAUACUAAUGUCAACGCAAGUGACUUAGUACUACCCAAAAUAUUUCCACGUAGUAAACAUUACUUAAUUGGAAAAGUUACACCACCUGGUCGAAGCUCUUCUGCCUCGGGCAUCAGAACAUCUAAAGAGCAAAAACACGUAUACAAAGAACCAACGGACUCCAGUCCAGUGAUGCAUCAUGCCGAACAACGCUAUUUGCCUCCGACCGAACAUGAAGAAAUCUGGCCUCCAUUCACCUCAGGUUUUGGGGGUUCUGUUCAACCAGUACCAUUAGUUGGAACAAAAGAAUGCGGAGGAGCUUGUGUACCGGACUGGAUUUCACGACGGGGUUCAAGAGAGAAUAAGCCAGAAAACCUGCUUGAAGAACCCAAAAGAUCGGCUCUCAGCAAAGCAAUGAUGACUCAUCGGUUCCGUUUGGUGGAGACCAUUUUACAAGCAGAUGAAGAGCGUUUGGAGGAUCUAAUAUCUCUCUUAUUGAAAGAAUAA